UAAGAUUACAUCCUCUCAAAAUGGUCAUCCCAACAAACAAUGUCGCUUUCACUGCUCCCAUAAAUCCUCGCGGUGCCAAUCCAAUCCUCACCCGCAAGACAUUCGUUCCAGCCGGCAUUCAGUCAACCUCAGUCCUCAGUGAAUCUGUUGAUGAAGCUGGAAAUCCCGUCACCAUCCGCGAAGUGGUUUUUCGUCAAGACCAGCGGAAAGUCAAGGAGACGGUGACGGCCCACAAAGACUCCCGGCUGUAUAUGACCUAUGUUUUUGAGUGGAGGCACCCAGGCGCUUCGGAGGAGGAACUGGCUGUGAUGAGGGAGAGGGAAAAGAUGAUGAGCAAGGGGGCUGUUGAGGGUACAAUUAGUGCCAUGCGGAGCUCGCUCAAAAAGGGGAGAUUUGAUUUGCUUGAGUAUUGA